AUGUCUAAUUCAAAUAAUAAAGCAUCUUACAUAAAGCCAUUCCUUUUUGGAGGAAUUUCAGGAUGUACAGCAGUUGCAGUUAUUAUGCCUUUGGAUACAUGGAAAGUUAGACUCUAGAUUUAUAGUGAAAGUAAAGGGAUAAGUAAUGGUUCAAUGAAGGUUUCUCCUAUUGUAGUGGCAAAAGAGAUGUAUAGAGUAGAAGGAUUUAAAGGAUUCUAUUAAGGGUAUUUAGAAAUGCUAUAUCAUAUUAAUAGAUUUGGAUCUGCAAUGCUUAGACAAUUGACUUAUGCUACAGCAAGAUUAGGAAUAUACAAGGUGAUUGCAGAUUAAGUUAAGAUCAAUUAAAAAAGUAAGAAUAUUUGAUAAAUUGUUUAGGGGAUCUAAGUUUCUUUGAGAAAGUGUGUGCAUCAUCAUUUUCUGGUUUAUGUGGAGCUUUGAUUGGUAAUCCUACAGAUAUUUGUUUGGUAAGAUUUUAAGCAGAUGCAACUUUGCCAGUUGCAGAACGAAGAAAUUACAAAAACGCUUUUGAUGCUUUAUAUAGAAUAACAAAGGAGGAAGGAGUGUCAACAUUAUGGAGAGGAUCAACACCUACAGUAUUAAGAGCAAUAGCAAUAACAGUUGGUUAAUUAACAACUUAUGAUGAAAUGAAACAAUGGUGUAUGAAAAUAUUCUUAAGAAAAAAGGAAACUAUGUCAGAUCGAAUAAUGUACAUAUAAAUAUUAAUAAUUAGGGCUUCUGUUGGGGCUGGUGUUGUUACAUCUUUUUUAUCUUUACCUUUUGAUAAUAUGAAGACUAAACUUUAGAAAAUGAAAGUUUAAGAAAAUGGAUAGUAUCCUUAUUAAGGAGUGUUUGAUUGUUUUAUAAAGACAAUAUAAAGAGAGAGAAUAACAGGAUUAUGGGUUGGAUUACCUGUUUAUUUUGCUAGAGUGGCUCCUUAAUCAAUAAUCAUAUUAUUAGUUUAAGAUUUGCUUCAUCAUAUAUUUGAGAAGCAUUGA